AUGAUGUCUGGGCUCAACCUGGUCAACAUUGCCGUGAUCCUGACCGAUGAACCAGGAGACAGUCGAAUUGUGCCACCCAUUCAUCCUUCUACAAUUCUCGUCUAUGCUAUAAACGAGGCCUAUCGGCAGACUACUUAUAUACCGACGACAGAUGGGAUGAGCAGCACAUCCAGUCUUUCGCUUAUAGGCCUUUCACUCAGUGAUGAUCCUACUACCUCUGCUAGCGACGACGUGACAACCACAGCCGCAUCCACUUAUUCUCUCUAUGAUCCAACUGGUUCUCCGUUUUAUGGACUCAACGACACGGUCCAAUUUUCCUGGAUCGCGAAAGGUUACAGCUUCGCUUUUUACGUCUGUCAUUCAGCAGUUACAAGGGCUGAUGACGCGCUCACUGAUUAUUGGAUCGCUUCAUCAUCACAUCAACUGGCUCUCUUUCCUGACGGCGGAUUCACAUUCUGUGACGUAGAAUCUCUUGGAGAAUCUUUGCGCAAGGACAACUUUACGAACUGGCCAGCUACAUGCUUCUUUGGAAUGGAAGGAAGGGACGGGAUCGGACAUGGCAAUAGUGACUUUUUCAUCACCACAAGCAGCAUGACUUUUCCCACACCAACUCCAGGGCAAACAACAAUAUUCGUUACGGCAACGCGAACAGCACCACCCGAUUCUACGGUGCAGCCAACCACUACCGGUAUACAGCCACCUCCUAUAGAGACAACUCCUGGGCUGAUCUCAGAGCCUGAAGACAACCACGGACUUUCAGGAGGUGCCAAAGCGGGUAUAUCCCUUUGCUCUAUAAGCUGCGUACUCAUUCUUGUCGGGCUGGCGGCAUGGCGGAAAACUGUACGGGGAAGCACUUCGACUCCAAAGGCACUACUAUCAGGAUUCGAGGAGGCAAUUGCGCCCAUCAAAGAGAGCUUUCGGAUGAAAUCCAAGGGCAAUGAGCCAAUUAGUUCAAGCAUUGAGAGGGGUGACGGGGCGGUUCAUGAAAUGAGUGUGCCUGAUCCAGCUGUGCCAGUAUUUGAGCUAGAGUCUUCGCGGCAUGAUGGUCCACAUGAGAUGCCUGAUAGGUAA